CUCACUAGUUGGCGCUGUGCAGUUGUCUCGCUACCUACUGCUUACGGAAGUUUAAGAAAAGAAACAUUAGCCGACCGUUGCUCUCGGAAUAUAGCAGGGCAAGACCGCUGCAUAAAGGUGUUCUCGUCUGGAUAACAAGAGACAGAAGACUACAGGAAGAUGUCUGACAGUGAGGACAGUGAUUUCUCUGAUAAUCAGAGUGAGCGGAGCAGCGAGGCUGAAGAAGUGGAAGAAAACGAUGAUGAGCAGGGGAGUGUAACUGGCAGCGACAAGGCAGCAGAAGAGGAAGGAGAAGACUUGGAGGAUGAGGAGGAAUAUGAUGAAGAAGAGGAAGAGGAUGAUGAACGGCCCAGGAAAAAACCUCGACACGGCGGCUUCAUCUUGGACGAAGCCGAUGUUGAUGAUGAGUAUGAAGAUGAAGACACCUGGGAGGACGGGGCUGAAGACAUCUUAGAAAAAGCAGAAGAGGCGGAAGUGUCCAACCUUGACCACGUAGCGUUGGAUGAAGAUAUCUCUGGUUCCCGUAGGUUGCAGAAUCUCUGGAGGGACUCGCGAGAGGAAGCUCUGGGAGAGUACUACAUGAGAAAAUAUGCCAAAUCUUCUGGAGGGGAACAUAUUUAUGGCGUCUCGGAGGAUCUUUCUGAUGAUAUCACCCAGCAACAAUUGCUUCCUGGAGUCAAGGAUCCUAACCUGUGGACUGUUAAGUGUAAGAUCGGCGAGGAGAGAGCAACCGCCAUUGCCCUCAUGCGCAAAUUCAUUGCUUAUCAAUGCACCGACACCCCUCUUCAAAUCAAAUCCGUGGUGGCCCCCGAGCACGUCAAGGGUUAUAUCUACGUGGAAGCAUACAAACAGACUCAUGUCAAGGCCGCCAUCGAGGGGGUCGGCAACCUGCGCAUGGGUUUCUGGAACCAGCAAAUGGUCCCUAUUAAAGAGAUGACAGAUGUUUUGAAAGUGGUUAAGGAAGUGACGAAUCUUAAACCCAAGUCUUGGGUUCGUCUCAAGCGAGGUCUUUAUAAAGAUGACAUUGCGCAGGUGGACUAUGUUGAACCGAGUCAGAAUACAAUCUCGCUAAAAAUGAUACCUCGUAUUGAUCUGGACCGCAUCAAAGCAAGGAUGAGCAUGAAAGAUUGGUUUGCCAAAAGAAAGAAGUUUAAAAGACCAUCUCAGAGGCUUUUCGAUGCUGAUAAGAUCAGGUCUCUUGGUGGUGAGGUCAGCCAUGACGGUGACUUCAUGAUCUUUGAAGGCAACCGCUAUAGCCGCAAAGGGUUCCUGUUUAAAAGCUUUGCCAUGUCAGCUGUAAUCACAGAAGGUGUCAAGCCCACACUUUCAGAACUGGAGAAGUUUGAGGACCAACCAGAGGGUAUCGACCUUGAAGUAGUCACAGAGACCACAGGUAAAGAACGUGAACACAACCUCCAGUCGGGUGAUAACGUGGAGGUGUGUGAGGGAGAGUUGAUCAACCUUCAGGGCAAAAUCUUGAGUGUGGAUGGCAACAAGAUCACCAUCAUGCCCAAACACGAGGACCUCAAGGAUCCUCUGGAGUUUCCAGCUCAUGAAUUGAGGAAGUACUUUCGUAUGGGCGACCACGUGAAAGUAAUCGCCGGCCGUUUUGAAGGUGACACGGGCCUCAUAGUCCGCGUGGAGGAGAACUUUGUCAUUCUCUUCUCGGACCUUACCAUGCAUGAGUUGAAAGUCUUGCCCAGGGACCUGCAGCUGUGUUCUGAGACGGCCUCAGGUGUGGAUGCAGGUGGGCAGCACGAGUGGGGAGAGCUGGUACAGUUAGACCCCCAAACUGUAGGAGUCAUUGUCAGGCUAGAGAGAGAGACCUUCCAGGUUCUAAACAUGCACGGGAAGGUUUUAACAGUGCGGCAUCAGGCUGUAAACAGGCGGAAGGACAACCGCUUCGCCGUCGCUCUCGACUCCGAGCAAAACAACAUUCACGUUAAGGAUAUUGUCAAAGUCAUCGAUGGACCACACUCGGGCCGUGAAGGUGAAAUCCGGCAUCUCUUCAGAGGCUUUGCUUUUCUGCACUGUAAGAAACUGGUUGAGAAUGGAGGCAUGUUUGUUUGUAAGACACGCCACCUCGUUCUGGCUGGAGGCUCAAAGCCAAGAGAUGUGACCAAUUUCACAGUGGGAGGCUUUGCUCCCAUGAGCCCACGAAUCAGCAGUCCAAUGCACCCAGGGGGAGGAGGUCAGCAGCAAAGGGGAGGCGGCGGUGGCGGCAUGGGCCGAGGCAGAGGACGACGAGACAAUGAUUUGAUUGGGCAGACUGUCCGUAUAUCCCAGGGACCAUACAAAGGCUAUAUUGGAGUGGUGAAGGAUGCCACAGAAUCAACAGCUAGGGUAGAGCUCCAUUCAACAUGCCAGACCAUCUCUGUGGACCGUCAGCGUCUCACAACUGUAGGUGCCAAGCGACAUGGAGGAAUGACUUCCACCCAUGGACGAACCCCAAUGUAUGGCUCUCAGACACCCAUGUAUGGAACUGGCUCACGUACUCCAAUGUAUGGCAGUCAGACGCCCCUCCACGAUGGAAGCCGUACACCUCAUUAUGGCUCUCAGACUCCUUUGCAUGAUGGGAGUAGGACACCAGGUCAGAGUGGUGCAUGGGACCCCAGCAAUCCAAACACACCAUCACGGCCUGAUGAUGAUUUCGAGUUUAGCUAUGAUGAUGAGCCCUCGCCAUCUCCUCAGGGUUAUGGUGGGACGCCCAACCCUCAGACUCCCGGUUACCCAGAAGUGCCCUCCCCACAGGUCAACCCCCAGUACAACCCUCAGACUCCUGGAACUCCUGCCAUGUACAACACAGACCAGUAUUCCCCGUACGCAGCACCAUCUCCGCAGGGGUCUUACCAGCCCAGUCCCAGCCCACAGAGUUACCACCAAGUGGCCCCAAGUCCCGUGGGAUACCAAAACACGCACUCUCCUGCCAGUUACCACCCCACCCCAUCACCUAUGGCCUACCAGGCCAGUCCGAGCCCCAGCCCGGUAGGCUACAGUCCAAUGACCCCUGGAGCUCCAUCUCCCGGAGGAUACAACCCUCACACUCCUGGAUCUAACAUCGACCAAUCUUCCAAUGACUGGGUCACCACAGACAUCAUGGUGCGAGUUAAAGACACCUUCUUGGAUGGAGGCGUCAUCAAUCAGACUGGUGUCAUCCGCAGCGUCACUGGCGGGAUGUGCUCGGUUUACCUUCAAGACACGGAUAAGGUGGUUAGCAUUUCAAGUGAACAUCUGGAACCUGUUACUCCAACCAAAAACAACAAGGUGAAAGUGAUUCUGGGAGAAGACCGGGAAGCCACAGGAGUUCUGCUCAGUAUCGACGGAGAAGAUGGCAUUGUUCGAAUGGAGCUGGACGAGCAGCUGAAGAUUCUCAAUCUCCGCUUCCUUGGAAAGUUGGAAGUGUGAAGAACCACACUCAUAUUGAACACAUUUUAAUACUCAAAAGCAGAUGCUAAGAUUCAACUAUCAUUUACCAAGAGUUGUGUUUUUUGUUAGUUUCAUCAUCUACAUUGUGAAGUAGCUGGUCUUUUUUUAUUAGUGGACGCAGUUUUAAGUGAAUAGUCUGUUUUCUGUUUCUUCUGUGUUGUAGAAACAUUUUGGCAAAACUGAUUCUGUCAAAUAAAAUGUGAACUGUGAGUUCUUUAAUCCAUC